AUGGGACAAAUACUUUCCAAGACAAAAAAUAACGACGCCGAUACUGUUGAACGGCCGCCUACUCCGCGCGAUAUAUCUUUUUGGGCUGACUAUAUACCUGAUGAAGUCAGUCGGAGACCUGAGGACCGCAAAGGCUGGUACACUGACUUCCUUGAACAAGCAGCUGUUGCUCCCCAUCAGGAUGGAAAGUCUGUUGUUGUAUUUUGGCCGUAUAAGGAUGAGACAAGGGCUGAUGAAGUCGACCCAAAUGAUGUUAUAGCGAAUGCUGCUACUAUAUACGAGACUUUAUUUUAUGAACAUGGUGGACAUCCACGGAUGGUGAAGUAUCUUCAUCGAUUAGACUCCGGUGUUGGGUUUUGUCUUGAACGUCUCACCCCCGGCCCCCUGGAUAAUAUCAGAUUUCCACCCCUUUCACUUCCCAUUCAAACGCCAUCAACUCAAAAUAGGAUUCUUUUAACCUUAUACUAUCGAUGGGCACUCCAGAGCCUCUCCGCUCUACAUUUUAUGCAUUCAAAGUCUAUGUAUCUUACCACCGUUGGUAAUACAUUUACCUGGCUACGGUCCGAUAUGUCCAUUGCAAUUACCGGACUUACAUGCGUUGCAUGUCCUACCCUGGUGCCAGAAUGGGAUGACCAUGGUGAAACAGGUAACUUCGUAUACAAGAUAGAAAGACUAUCACAGCAUUCCUAUGGAGAUUUAGAAUGCUUUAGUACCGAUAGCAGCGAAUGUCCCCCAUGUAACGCAGCUUAUGAUAUAUUCAGCUGGGCGUUGUGGAUAUGGCAACUCAUGACAAACCACCAUUCAACAAGCCCACCGCAGCACUCUUGGUAUAGCUCCUGGUCCCCUCUUCUACCAAUAGACCCAGCAUCCUGGCCAGAUUUUACUAGUAAUAUUCAAUUCCGAGACUACGAAGAUGAGAGGCGCAGGCAAGGGGCGUGGCAAGUCCUUGAAGAGGAAAGACUUGGUCAUAUACUUGUUAAAGCCUGGAAUCAAGAGUAUGAAAGUGCGGAUCAAGUGAUGCAUGAUGUGAAAGAAGUCAUUGUUAAGAUGGGUAUGAAGCUGAUUGGGGAAGACGAGAUUGAACUCGAGGUUUGCGGCGGUAGAUGGGAGGAUGUUUUUGAUCAGGAUCUACAAUUUGCAUGCCUCGAAAAGGAAACUAGUUAG